CCAGGACUCCGCCCCGCGACUGGCCCCGCCCCGCGCCCUCCCGGCGGCCUCGUGCAAUCCCGGGCUCGCAGUUGGGCGGUCGCGGCGCGCAGGGCCUAACCGCAACGCCAUGGAGCUGGGGCUCGCGGGCCGCCGGGCGCUCGUGACCGGAGCGGGCAAAGGCAUCGGGCGCAGCAUGGUCCAGGCGCUGCACGCGGCGGGUGUGCAGGUGGUGGCCGUGAGCCGGACCCGGGCCGACCUGGACAGCCUGGUCCGCGAGUGCCCCGGGAUAGAGCCCGUGUGCGUGGACCUGGGUGACUGGGAGGCCACUGAGCGGGCGCUGGGCGGAGUGGGCCCUGUGGACCUGCUGGUGAACAACGCCGCCGUGGCACUGCUUCAGCCCUUCCUGGAAGUCACUAAGGAGGCGAUUGACACGUCGUUCGACAUAAACCUUCGGGCUGUCAUCCAGGUGUCUCAGAUCGUGGCCCAGGGCUUAAUAGCUCGGGGAGCCCAGGGGUCCAUCGUGAAUGUCUCCAGCCAGGCCUCCCAGCGCGCACUGACUAACCACAGCGUCUACUGCAUGCCAUCUCUCCUCACAGGCUCCACCAAGGGUGCUAUGGACAUGCUGACCAAGGUGAUGGCUCUGGAGCUUGGGCCACACAAGAUCCGGGUGAAUGCAGUGAACCCUACAGUGGUGAUGACACCCAUGGGCCGGGCCAACUGGAGUGACCCCCAGAAGGGAAAGCCCAUGCUGGACCGCAUUCCACUUGGGAGGUUUGCUGAGGUGGAGAAUGUGGUGGACACCAUCCUCUUCCUGCUGAGUGACCGGAGCAGCAUGACCACGGGCUGCACCUUGCCAGUUGAUGGGGGUUUCCUAGCCACCUGAUCCUCCUCCACCCACACCCAGCCCUGCCCCCACCAUCCCUCCAAUAAAUGUGAUUCCUCUGCCCAGCCUA